AUGGGCAACUGCCAGUGCCAGGCGGCGGAGGUGGCGACGGUGCUGAUCCAGCACCCGGGCGGCGGCCGCACGGAGCGCGCCUACUGGGCGCUCUCGGCCGCGGCCGUCAUGGAGGCCAACCCGGGCCACUACGUCGCGGCCGUCAUCACCACCACCGCGCCGCAGCCGGCCGCGGGAGACGGAGAAGCAGCCUCCUCUGCCGCCGCUGCGCCCGUGAAGCACCUCAAGCUGCUCCGCCCCGACGACACGCUCCUGCUCGGCCGCGUCUACCGCCUUGUCAGCUUCGAAGAGGUGCUGAGGGAGUUCGCGUCGAAGCGGCAGGUGAAGCUGAGCCGCGUCACGGUCAGGGCCAAGGACGAAGCCGAGGACGUGAAGCCGGCGUCCAAGCAUCGCCGCCGUCGCCCCAGGGCCAGCGCCGGCGGCGGCGGAGGCGGAGAGCGCAAGGAAUCAUCCGAGUGGUCACUCGCCAAGGUCAUGCCCCAGACGGCGGAGGAGCUGGAGCCGGAUGCAGGCCCGUCCACGGGCCCCAGCGCCAAGCAUGCCGACACGCCGUCCGACGCCGACCUCGACGCCGAGCUGGAGGCGCUCCUGCCGCACGAGGCGUUGCUCGGCCGCCGAGCCGCCCGGCAAUGGAGGCCCGCGCUUCAGAGCAUCGCCGAAGGGUGA